GCUCAUUGUCAGACGACUGUGAACUGAUGCAUUAUAGCGGUUGAUCGCUCGAGCUCUUUAGUCAUUUUUUAUUUAGGAUAAAGAGACGUUAUUUAACUUUGGAUAUUUGAGUUUAUAUUACUACAGGAGAUCUGCUGUCAGACAGACUCAACCAUGAUCACCUCAGCCGCUGGUAUAAUAUCCCUCCUGGAUGAAGAUGAGCCACAGCUCAAGGAGUUUGCUCUUCACAAACUAAACUCCAUUGUUAAUGACUUCUGGGCUGAGAUUUCCGAGUCAGUUGACAAAAUCGAGGUCCUGUAUGAGGACGAGACUUUUCGUAGCCGAGAGUUUGCCGCACUUGUGGCUUCCAAAGUGUUUUACCACCUUGGCGCUUUUGAUGAGUCUUUGAACUACGCUCUGGGUGCCGGAGAUCUCUUCAACGUCAGCGAUGAUUCAGAAUAUGUAGAGACAAUCAUCGCCAAGUGUAUUGAUCAUUACACCAAACUACGUGUGGAGAACGCAGAGCUGCCAGAGGAUGAGGAGAAGAAAAGCGUUGAUCCUCGCUUGGAAGGAAUCGUCAACAAGAUGUUCCAGCGAUGCUUGGGAGAUCACAAGUACAAGCAAGCCAUUGGCAUCGCGCUGGAGACCAGACGGCUGGACAUCUUUGAGAAAACAAUCCUGGAAUCAAAGGACAUUGGUGGUUUGCUAGCGUACAGCCUGAAGAUCUGCAUGUCCCUCAUGCAGAACAAGAAGUUCCGGAAUGACGUUCUCAGAGUUCUCGUCAAGCUGUACAUGAACUUGGAAAAGCCGGACUUCAUUAAUGUUUGCCAGUGUCUGAUCUUCCUGCAUGACCCUCAAGCAGUAAGUGAUAUCCUGGAGAAGCUGGUAAAGGAGGACAACCUUCUGAUGGCUUAUCAGAUUUGUUUUGACCUUUAUGAGAGUGCCAGCCAGCAGUUCCUAUCCUCAGUUAUUCAGAACUUGCGGACCGUCGGCACGCCCAUCCCCGCAGUACCGGGCUCCACCAACACGGGUACCGUGCCCACCCUAGAGAAAGACAGUGAUGCCAUGGAGACAGAAGAGAAAGCCGGAAGCUCACCUGCUGGAAAGACCACCGAUCCGAAGGAUGAGCCAAAAGACCAGAACUCCAAAAUGAUCAAAAUACUAAGCGGUGAAAUGGCCAUUGAGCUCCAUCUUCAGUUCCUCAUUCGAAAUAACAACACAGACCUAAUGAUUCUUAAAAAUACAAAGGAUGCGGUGCGAAAUUCAGUGUGCCACACGGCGACAGUCAUAGCAAACUCAUUCAUGCACACAGGAACGACAAGUGACCAGUUUCUCAGGGAGAAUUUGGAGUGGCUAGCGAGAGCAACCAACUGGGCCAAAUUCACAGCGACAGCUAGUCUUGGGGUGAUUCACAAGGGUCAUGAAAAAGAAGCACUGCAGUUAAUGGCGACCUACCUGCCAAAAGACACCUCACCCGGAUCGGCCUAUCAGGAGGGCGGUGGGCUGUACGCCCUUGGACUGAUUCAUGCUAAUCACGGAGGGGAAAUUAUUGACUAUCUUCUAAGCCAGCUAAAGAAUGCCAGUAAUGAUAUUGUCCGUCAUGGUGGAGCUCUAGGUCUCGGGCUGGCUGCUCUCGGCACUGCCCGCCAGGAUGUCUACGAUCUGCUCAAAUCAAACCUCUAUCAAGAUGAUGCAGUAACAGGAGAGGCGGCUGGUCUCGCUUUGGGACUGGUCAUGUUGGGCUCAAAAUCAGCCCAGGCGAUUGAAGACAUGGUGGGCUACGCUCAGGAGACCCAGCAUGAGAAGAUCUUGCGUGGUCUGGCUGUCGGCAUUGCUAUGGUGAUGUACGGCAGGAUGGAGGAGGCUGAUACACUUAUUGAGAGUCUCUGCAGAGAUAAGGACCCCAUCUUGCGCCGGUCAGGAAUGUACACAGUGGCAAUGGCGUAUUGUGGUUCUGGAAACAACAAAGCCAUUAGACGCCUGCUCCAUGUGGCUGUGAGUGAUGUGAACGAUGAUGUCCGGAGAGCAGCUGUCGAGUCCAUUGGGUUCAUCAUGUUCAGGACUCCAGAACAAUGUCCCAGCGUGGUGUCUCUGCUGUCGGAGAGCUACAAUCCCCACGUCCGUUACGGAGCAGCAUUGGCUUUGGGAAUUUGCUGCGCUGGAACUGGUAACAAAGAAGCAAUAAAUCUCCUUGAACCCAUGACCAAUGACCCGGUGAAUUAUGUAAGACAGGGCGCACUGAUCGCCUCUGCCCUGAUUAUGAUCCAACAGACUGAGGUCACCUGCCCAAAGGUGAACCAGUUCCGCCAACUCUACUCAAAGGUGAUCAAUGACAAACAUGAUGACGUCAUGGCCAAAUUUGGGGCCAUCCUGGCUCUGGGCAUCCUUGAUGCAGGUGGUCGUAACGUAACGAUCUCUCUGCAGUCACGUACGGGCCACACCCACAUGCCGUCUGUGGUGGGUCUGCUGGUCUUUACCCAGUUCUGGUUCUGGUUCCCCCUCUCUCACUUCCUGUCUCUAGCCUUCAUACCCACGGCCAUUAUUGGACUCAACAAAGACCUCAAGAUGCCGAAGGUGCAGUAUCGAUCCAACUGCAAGCCGUCCACGUUUGCCUACCCUUCACCCUUGGAGGUACCAAAGGAGAAGGAAAAGGAGAAGGUAUCCACCGCUGUUUUGUCCAUCACAGCUAAAGCCAAGAAGAAGGAGAAGGAGAAGGAGAAGAAAGAAAAGGAAGAGGAAAAGAUGGAAGUGGAAACACAAGCUGAGGCUGAGAAAGAGAAAGAGAAGGAGAAAGAAAAAGAGAAGGAAAAGGAGAAAGAGAAGAAAGAUGAGGAGGAGAAGAAGGAGAAAGAGAAAGAGAAGGAAAAGAAAAAGGAACCAGAGCCCAACUUCCAAAUGUUGGAGAACCCGGCUCGUGCCCUGCCCGCUCAGCUCAAAGUUCUCAUCAUGCCGGAGACCUGCAGAUACCAGCCCUUCAAACCAUUACAUACUGGUGGAAUCAUUAUCAUGAAAGACACCAGUGAGGAAGAGGAGGAUCUUGUGGAACCCGUGUCUGCUCACGGACCCAAGAUUGAAGAGGAAGAACAGGAGCCAGAGGCUCCAGAGCCAUUUGAGUACAUAGAUGAGUAAUGUUCUCCACCCUACAGGUGGAGCACAAAAUUGAGUUCCUAGCAUGCAGCGCUACAUGUCCAUUCAUCCACUUUAAAUUGCCCCCAUUACACCCGACCCCCGCUUGUCCUUUUAUACGUUAUUUCUUCCAUCUGGUCAAUCUUGGCCAAAUGUCAUUAUAAUAAAAUAUACUUGCUCAAA